AUGGCGUACCCCUAUAUCGACACGCCGCGCACCGAAAUCGACGGCAACGCGACCUACCUCACGAACGGGUUUCGCAGCGUGGGACGAACGCACCUGUCCGCGCUCGACUCGGUUGAAAACUCCUUCCAAACUCCCUCCAAAGAUAACGACGUGAUAAAGGGCCUUGGCGAUGGUGCACGACGCGUCUCCGGUGGUCUGAAGCUCGGCACCCCGCGCGCAUCCUCUGGUCCGAAGUCGACGCGAAGCGCGCUGAGACAGCUUCCAGCUGCCGGGCCAGGGAAGGGAGAGUUUACACCGCUUAUGAAGAGUGCUACGAAGAACAAUUAUCUAAGGAACGCUUCGAAUACACGUGGCGACGGUCUGAAAACACCGGGCUAUUUCGGUGAACACAGCCGGAUUAACGCUACCCCUGGGCUUCCGCCUAAUGAUAUGUCAGACAUUUACGAAGAAGACGCUACUGUCGAUCAACCAACGCCCAUUCCCCAGGCUGCUAGUAGUAGUGUGCAAAGUACACCGCUACCCGGACUACGACGCGAGGGAGGAAUACUGGGCGAUGGCCAGAAUAUGACUCUGAAGGAACAAGAAAGGAUCAUCGAUCGUCUGGACAAAGAUAACUUCAACCUUAAGCUGAAGAUUCAUUACUUGGAAGAGCAGCUAGAAAAGGCAGGGCCGGGAUACAACAGUGCUGCCAUUAAGGAAAAUACGGAACUCAAAGUUUUGCGAUUGACGAUGCAACGCGACAUUUCUCGGUACAAGAAGAGCCUCCUCCAAGCAGAGCGAGAUUUGGAGGAUUAUCGCCAACAACUCUCGGAACUCCAAGAACGUGCCCGCCGACGACAAACCGACCAAGAGGUCCAGCAAGAGAUGGACAUGAUGCGCGAGGAGGUCAGUUCAAAAGAGGAUGAGCUGAGAGAACUCCGAGAUGAGCUACGACGCGUCAAGGAUAGCCAGUCACAGGAAGUCGACAAACUUAGGGAGGACGUCGAGGAUCUCGAAGCAGAUAUCCGCGAAAAGGAUCGACUUAUUGAGACGCGUGACGAAGAGCUUGAGGAACUUAGAGCGACUAGGAGCAACAACGAUGCAGGUGCAGAACUCCAAGCUGAACUUGAUCGUGCGAAAGAGCAGAUCCAAGAGCUCCAAGAUAGUCUCGAGAAAGCCAGGCUGGAGGCUCAAGAGGCAUCCAGGACCGCGAACCAAGCAAUGGAACAGAAGAACCGAGCUGAAGAUGACCUGCGAGAGCUGCAGGAUGAAAUGUCCAACAAGUCUUUUACUACAAAGGGCCUUAGCCGACAACUAGAAGAGAGAGCCGAAAACCUUGAGCAAGACUUGCGAGAUCUAGAGCGGGAGAAUGACCAACUCAAGGCAGACCUCGAGGAGAAAGAGAAUGUGGUCGCUCAAUUGGAAGAGCGCUACGAGACUGUUCACCAAGAUCUCAAGAGUAGCUCCGGGAAAUUGGGUGAAGAUCUUGAAUCCGCUCGAAAGGAGCGAGACGCAGCCAUAAGGGAGAGCGAGAGAAUUUCUGCUCGGUUAAAGGAGGCUCUUGACGAAUGCCAACGCCAACUCGAAGAAAAAGAGAUGUUGCAAACUCGGCAUCACGCUUUGACUGACGAGUCGGGAGGCUUGCAAAGCGAACUCGCUCGCGCGCAUUCCCGGAUUCGCGAACUUCAGGCGGCAGUUGAAGAGGCUACGAACCGCGCACAGGAUAAUCAAAAUCUUCGCUGGCAGCACAAAGUUGAAGUCGAACGGCUACAACGAGAGAUCGAAGACCUCCAAGCGGAGAUUGAAGACAAGGAAGGGAACAUGGGCAUCGAGCGAGAGCGUUGGGAAAGCACCAAGCGGACUUUACAGUCUCAAAAAGAUCGCGCGGAUGAGCAAGCCAUGAGCUAUAAACGGACGAUCGACAGGUUGCAUGAGGCAGAAACUUCACUCUCAGGGAAAGAGUCUCGGCUUCAGCAAAUCCUCGAUAGUGAGAAGCAACGCCAUGCCCAAGAAGAAGCCGUGCUUAGUCGCCAAGUCAAAGAACUUGAAGAUGACCUUGCUCAAAAGAAGAACAUCAUCGAUGAACAACGCAGCGACCUCCUUACCAUCCGUGAAGAACUUCGUCUCUCCCGCCGAGAGGAACAAAGCCUCAAAGAAAAAGUUCAAGCUCUGGAAGAUGAGGUUGUCGUUUUACAGUCCAGCUUGGCAGAUGAGCAGCAGUAUGCCAAAGAUAGAGCCCAGAAAGCCUCACCUGACGUCGAAUCCCAAUUACAGAAAGCUGUCGCCGAUAGGCAAAGUCUCCGUGACCAGCUUGCAAACGCUCAUGUGGAGAUGCAUGACCUGCGGACUUCAAUGAUCGAGAUCGAGGCUGAGCGAGAUGAGCUCCAUGCUCAGCUUGAACGUGCCCAGACUGGAGAAAGCAAUACCCGCUUUGACCGCGAGAAGCUCGAGCUACGCAAGACGACAACGCGAAUGGAGAAUGAGCUUAGGCGUUUGCGCGACGACAAGAAUGCCUUGAUGGAAGCUAAGGAGACGCUUGAAACCCAACUUGGCACUGAAAUUGAACGAGCGACUGAAGAGGAGGGACGUCUCUCCGCUGAGAUCGAUCGUCUUCAGGACAGACUACUUGCUGGCUCUGGUGGACGAGACCGAGAAUUAGCAACCGCCAAAUCUAAAGUGCAACGGCUCGAACGACGCAUCCAGGAGCUAGAGUCACUUUUGUCCCAACAGCCACCGGCUGAGCCAGACCAAUCUGCUGCGCAAGGUGACCUCUCCAUUCUUCGAGGCAGUCUCGAGGAGGCGAGGAGGCGAGAAAAGGCUCUCCUGCAGCGUGACGCGGAACAGAAAGCCUCCACUCGAACAUUGAAAUCUCGUGUUGCCGAUCUGGAGCGAGACCUUCACGAGGCGCUUAUGAACAAAUACGAGUCUCGAUCAACCCAGAAUUCUCCUUCCGACAAGGUCCACGAGGAGCUCAGAAAUCUCCGAAGGCAGCUUGCCGAAGCACACCGGGCUCUAAAGGACGCCAAGACCAAGAACCGCGAGCUUGAACGAGGAGCGAUGAGGGAGGAGGACCAAAAAGAUCUCCAUGAGUUACUCAAGUCUUCUACCCUUGAAGCCGAAGCUUUGGCAUUGAAGGUCUCAGAGCGUGAUUCGCGUAUCAAUGAACUUAAGAACCAGAUUCGUCGCAUUCGCGAGGAACGCGCUUUCUGCGUCCGCAAAGCUGAAGCCGCAGCCAGAGACCUGGACUCUCUGCAACAACGCUAUGAGGAGGCCGUGGAGAAGGCAUCUUCAGGUAAAUCAAAUAGCAAGACCCGUCAUGAGAAAGAGAUCCGUGGUCUUGGCAAAGAGAUCAUCUGGCUUCGCGCCCGUCUCUCUCGCGAGGAGAAGUUCCGUCGCGACUUGGCUUGGAGCAAGGGCUUAAUGGAGCUUGGUGAACGUGUUCGCGUGGCAUGUAACGAAGCUGACCUCCGCAUGAUUUCCGAGAUGGGUGUCCAGUCUCGCGACCGCACCUCGACCCGCACUCCUCGCAGCAAGUUCCGCUCUGCGAUUUCGCUGGUCGUAGCAUCUGUGCGCAUGCAAAAGAUGGGCCAGGAAUGGCGCCGAACAAAGAAGUUAGGCGAGGGCUUGAAGCGCGCUAAGAGCGAAAUGAUUAAGCGCCGCGAGAGCUCCGGAGGAAGCCUCCUAGGCUAG